AAACGGCCUGCCUAUCACAGGGCGCUGAGGAAAGGUCUGCCAGCAGGAGGCUGGGGUGGCUUCAGCGUGCACCUUCGACAGCAAAACCACCGAAUGCUGAUGUUUUUGCUGACUCAUAUUCGGGAAAACAUGAUGCGCAGACACAAUGCACUGUAACUCUUUUUCUUUCCCCCACUAACCUCGAAAGUUUCUGUAGCUCAUGCAAUAAAUGGCUGAGGAAGCAUGUGCAGUAACAAGAGAUGAAGAGGAGACCCAGAAAAACUGUGAUGAAGACCCAUUUCGUGAUGCUGAAACAGCAUUCCCUGAUUGCUAUGCCAGGCUUAGUGAAGGCAACAGAGGCUCAGAGAUGCCAGAAAGACUGUCUGUCCUCUCUAGCAAGGCUGUGGCCCAAGCAAAAGCACUUGCUGGACCAUCAGCGGUCAUCACUGGCAACCAGGCACAGAGCAAGGCCAAGCACCACCUCAUAGCUGUCAGUGCUUCAGCAGGAGGCUCGUCCUGCUCUACAACAGUCUGUAAACCCAAGCCUGGGGGCCUUGCCUCACCAUGCUCUGAAAGCAUCUAUUGUAGCUGUGAGCAGGAUUCAGAAGCAUCGUCUGUCCGUGGGGUGCCUGAGGAGGCUGGUGAGCCCCCCAGGGCAGUCGUGGCCCUAUUGGUGAACAACCUCAGGUGCUGCCACGUGCCAGCCGAUAGCGCGUGGCCUGUGGAGAGCUGCACUGAGGGCAGCCCUUGCAGUCUGAGCUCGGCCAUCUGGAUGAAGACCACAACAGUAAUGGAGACUCUAGAAAGUAAGAAAAAGGAGGAGAAGGAGAAGUACCGGCUCCAGCUAGCAAUGUACCGAAGACUCCUGUUGUUGCGUUCAAUCAGGAGCUUGCACAAGCAGCUGGAGCAGCAGCAGGCCAGGUUACAGGAAUGCUAUGGCACGGUCAUAAAUACCAAGAAAGAAGUGUUAAAACACAUUCGUUCAACCUUGCCCUCUCCUUCUCCAUAAUCAUGUUGCUGCAUGCAGAAAUGAGCUUUGUAAUGCCACUGGAGCCGUCAGUAAGCUUGCAUGCCAUGUGAUGGUUUCUUCUGAGCCAAGAGAACGUGCCCACAUGUGCUGAGAGCAGAGAGGAAAUGGCAACAGCAGUGCAAGAAGAAAGGAGAAGGCGAAGCUUUGGCCCCUGAAUUUGUCUGCAGGGAGCUGGAAUAAGAUUAUAUCUGCAAUAAGGUAAUGCCUGAUGUGCACUCAAGGCUUCAAGGUCAUGUAUGACAUGAAAUAGAGGAAAAAAAAAGGAAAAAAACUGAGAACAUAGUCUGACGUGAUCAGUAAAGGUGAUUUGAUGCCAGAGUUGCUGCCUGCUAAGUAUGUGAUACAGCACAUCUCCCUCAGCCUUCUAGUGCUAAUAAAAUGAGCAAAAUUAGGGUUCAGUUCUCUUCAAGAACUCAGCAAGCCAGGAUAUUAGGAGCACUUAAACUCAGGCUUGAUGAUGUCCACUGAGCUGCCCGCUUCUCAGAAAACUGCUAAAGCUAUUGCAUGUUUGUGACCUCUACCCUCCCAC